AUGGUUCCUAUGCGCGGCUUCUACAUGUUACUUGUUAUUCUAGGAGUAUUCAAGAAGCCUGGUGUGCACAGAGAAUCAGAAUCGGAUACCGGACCGCCACCGUCGUGGACGGAUCGCCUGAGUUAUACAAUAAGUCUAAUGCUUUGCGUCGCUCUCGUCAGCACAGCUGUGACCAAGAUACUAGAUACUCUCGGAAAAUUGGUCUCUCGUGGAGAGGAUGCGGUGUCAGCAAUCGAUGUCCCAUCUGACAUACCGACCGAGGGGCCUUCGCCCGAACAAGAAGGCACCUCCAAUGAUGAUGCGGAUACCAAUGUGCCGCUGUCGGUGGGACUAGCUGCGACUUGGUUUGGAAGACUUGGCGCUAUUGUUGACCGCUGGCUUGUACGUGCCCUUACCAUACACUCAAGGGCUAGUGUGGGAAUUCUCCUAACCAUCUUUAACCUAAUCACUACGGUGGUUUACUACCUGGUGUAUUUCGAUGGUUCUGGUACUGUAAACCCGAAUUGGACCAGUGUCUUGGGGUGA